AUGUUUAAACGAGUCAAUGUAAACAUCUCUUUUCUCGAAGCAAUCAAGCAGAUACCUGCUUAUGCUAAGUUCUUGAAAGAUUUGUGCACUCAAAAGCGGAAGCUUCAUGUGCAUAAGCGUGCCUUUUUUCUUACUGAGAAGGUAAGUUCCAUAAUUCAAAACAAAACACCACCUAAGUUUAAAGACCCAGGUAGUCCAACUAUCACAUGCACUAUAGGUGACCAUACAAUCGAUAGAGCUUUGUUUUGGGGAGCUGAAACCCCUCCUGUUACGCUGCAAUUAGCGGACAGAUCUGUAAAAAUACCUCGUGGUAUCGUUGAAGAUGUCUUAAUCAAGGUUGAAAUUUUUUAUUUUCCUGUGGACUUCAUUGUGUUGGAUACUCAACCUUUGCAAAACCCAGAUUGUCACAUUCCUGUCAUUUUAGUACGUCCUUUCCUGGCGACGUCUAAUGCUAUUAUAAACGGUCAUAAUGGAGUGUUGAAUUUGUCUUUUGGUAACAUGAAUGUAGAACUGAAUGUGUUUAACAUUAGUCAACAACCUAUGGAUUGUGAUGAUACUGAAUUGCAUGAGAUUAACAUGAUUGAGAGUCUGAUCCAAGAAUCAUUGCUUGAUAUCUUAUAUGUGGACCCUUUGCAAGCAUGUCUAGAUAACUUUAACUUAGAUCUUUUUGACUCUGAGUAUAUUAGUGAAGUGCACUCUUUGCUUGAAUCUGUACCACCUAUGGAUAUUGCUAAAUGGCAAACUGCAAUAGAACUACUUCCACUUUCUGAUCCCAAGUAUGCCCAUCUCUUGUCGAACCACCUAAGCUUGAUUUGA